GUUCCCGGUGACGUUCCACACAGUGUCUGUCGGGUUUGGGUUUGUUAUGGCGGCACUGAAGUGAGUGAAUGAAAAUGGGUUUCGAUUAACGUAAACGUUUUUUUGUGUGUGUGACUUGUGAGCUGCUGCGACAAUGUCGAACAGGACCGCUUAUUUCUACGACCCUGACGUUGGCAACUUUCAUUAUGGUGGUGGGCACCCCAUGAAGCCACACCGCCUGUCUCUCACCCACAGCCUGGUUUUGCACUACGGGCUCUACAAGAAAAUGAUGGUGUUCAAGCCGUACAAGGCCUCUCAGCAUGACAUGUGCCGCUUCCAUUCGGAGGAUUACAUCGACUUCCUGCAGAAGGUCAGUCCCAACAACAUGCAGGGCUUCACCAAGAGUCUGAACGCCUUCAACGUGGGAGACGACUGUCCUGUGUUUCCAGGAUUGUUUGAGUUCUGUUCAAGGUACACGGGAGCCUCGCUGCAGGGAGCCAUACAGUUAAAUCACAAGAUAUGUGAUGUCGCUAUCAACUGGGCUGGAGGCCUGCAUCAUGCAAAAAAAUUUGAAGCAUCUGGUUUCUGCUACGUGAAUGACAUUGUAAUCAGUAUACUAGAGCUGCUGAAGUACCACCCCCGCGUUCUCUACAUUGACAUCGAUAUUCACCAUGGCGACGGGGUACAGGAAGCCUUUUACCUCACCGACCGUGUCAUGACUGUAUCCUUCCACAAGUAUGGGAACUACUUUUUCCCAGGGACAGGUGACAUGUACGAGGUGGGAGCUGAGAGUGGCCGGUAUUACUGCCUGAAUGUACCUCUUCGAGAUGGAAUAGAUGAUCAGAGCUACAGACUCCUCUUUCAACCAGUGAUCAAACAGGUGGUAGACUUUUAUCAGCCUACUUGUAUUGUUCUACAGUGUGGAGCUGAUUCUUUAGGCUGUGACAGGCUGGGCUGCUUUAACCUCAGCAUAAGAGGACACGGGGAGUGUGUGGAGUUUGUGAAGAGUUUUAAAAUCCCCCUGCUGGUGCUCGGAGGUGGAGGGUACACAGUCCGCAACGUUGCACGAUGUUGGACGUAUGAGACCUCGCUGCUUGUUGAAGAACCAAUAAGUGAUGAACUGCCUUAUAGUGAGUACUUUGAGUAUUUUGCUCCCGAUUUCACUCUGCACCCUGACGUCAGCACCAGGAUAGAGAACCAGAACUCCAGACAGUACCUGGAUCAGAUCCGACAGACUGUGUUUGAAAACCUGAAGAUGCUGAACCAUGCGCCCAGCGUCCAGAUCCACGACGUUCCCUCGGACCUGCUGAGCUAUGAGCGCACUGACGAUCCCGACCCUGACGAGAGGGGCUCCGAGGACAACUACUCUAGGCCAGAGGCAUCCAAUGAAUUUUACGAUGGUGAUCAUGACAACGACAAAGAGAGUGAUGUGGAGAUAUGAUUGGCCAGUCCUGAAAAGGAAGUUGAUUCAUGGAUCAAAGAGGAAGUGUGCUCAUGGUCAGAACUGAGCUCGGGAAGGGGCAAAGUAAAUAUUUCGUGGCUUUGCCUACCCUCCCAGAAAAAGAACAUUUCCAUUCCUUUAACUAGGGCUGGAAUUAAAUGAAAACAUGCUUUUUAACCAGUACAAUCAAGAAAAAUUGUUUACAUGCUUUUUUACUGGCCAAACCACCAAGGGGUAAGUGGAGGUAAUUAGCUAAUAAGUAAAAAGUAGAACUGUAUACAACACCAUUUAUUUCCAAGCACAGCAAAGUAAGCACUACUUGAUCGUAAUGCAGAAGAAAACCAAAUAGGAGAUCUGUAUGUUACCUCAUAAAUAGACACAGAUUGAGAUAAUGGGGUUACUAUGCAAGAAUAGAUGAACUGCGCUGAAGGGUUGGUAUGAUAAUCUGUCUGCUUAGUCUGUGGUUCAGUGAACUUAAAAGAACGCAGUCCUUGUUUCUGCCGUGCUAAUCUGCUGUAGUGUGUGUUGAUAUGAAAAACAAAAUGAAAAACAUGUGAAUUGAAGCCCUAGCCAUGUCCGAUGCCCCAGCCCUGAAUGUUUACCCAUAGCAGCUGCCAAGUACCAAGAGCGUCUUUGUUUUACUCAGAAUAACCCGAUAGACCCGUGACAGGCUGACCCUGUGGACCAGAAUUCUGCACCCGACACGAGUUAAAGUUAGCAUCCUGAACACAAGAACAGGAAGCAAGAACUGGUUACAGUUACAUUGUGUAUUUUAGAUCAUGUCCUUUGUAUUAUUAUUGUUUGUGCAACAAUGUUUUUUUUUUUUUUUCAAUGAGCUACACCACCCACUCUAUAUCGCGGGUGUCAGGGACCAAUAUAAAUCUGCUAUAUCUUGAGGGCCACAAUACAGCAAGUGACCCAUAGAAAAACAAAUAGGUUAACAAAUAAAUACUGUACAACCGCUCCCUUGUUUUAUCACUUGCGUCAGGAUCCAGUAUAAAUCCUCUACACAACCUGAUUUUUCUCAUAAAAAGCAGCACAGCGUUUUAAUUCGUAAUGUGGAGGGUAAUUGCUUCUCAUCAACUUCAGUCUCCAAUUCAUUUCAUGAGUCGUCUUCUCCUUUGUCAAACGCAUAAACACGCUGCAUUGAAAGAAUUCAUUCCCAACACAGGAGGCUUGUUGCUAGGGAGCUGACGUCACAGCUUUGUGGCUUUUG